UGCGGAAGGUUUGUUUAUUUACGGAAGUGACUGAAUAUUUUCACUCAAAUUUUGUUUUGGUGACACCGUGACGGGUCGCAGUGGUAGAAGAGCUCUUUUUGCCUUUUUGAAUUGUCUGAUAUCCUUAUAUUUAUAUAUUGUCACUUGUUUUCUGUCAUAGGUAUGGACAGCAAAUACUCUGUUUUAUUGCCAACAUAUAAUGAAAGAGAAAAUUUGCCAAUAAUUAUCUGGCUCUUAUGUAAAUACUUCGAUGCUAGCAAAGAAAAAUAUGAGAUCAUCAUCAUAGAUGAUGGGUCUCCUGAUGGGACUUUGGAUGUGGCACAGCAGCUUCAAGACAUUUAUGGCAAAGACAAAAUUGUUCUGCGGCCACGUGCCAAGAAGCUUGGUUUAGGCACAGCUUACAUCCAUGGCAUCAAGCAUGCAACUGGCAACUUUGUGAUCAUCAUGGAUGCUGAUUUGUCUCAUCACCCUAAAUUCAUCCCUCGCAUGAUAGAGGAGCAGCGCAAGCACAACUACGAUGUGGUGUCAGGCACCCGUUAUGCCGGCACUGGAGGCGUCUACGGCUGGGACCUGAAGAGGAAAAUAAUCAGCAGAGGGGCUAACUACAUCACACAGAUACUGCUCAGGCCUGGGGCUUCAGAUCUCACUGGAUCUUUCAGGCUGUACAGGAAGGAGGUGCUGGAGCACCUGGUGAGCGCGUGCGUCAGUAAAGGAUACGUCUUCCAGAUGGAGAUGAUCGUCAGGGCGCGACAGUUCAACUACACCAUUGGCGAGGUGCCCAUCAGUUUUGUGGACCGCGUCUACGGGGAAAGCAAACUCGGCGGCAACGAAAUCUUCCAGUUUGCCAAAGGCUUGCUCUACCUAUUCUCUACCACCUGAUCUACACAUCUAAAAAUCUAUUACUUGUUCAACUAUUCAGUUUAUUCGUGCUAAUAGAUCUGCUCUAAUUAUUGUCUUAUUUUCAUGCCUAUAUGUUUUUGAUAUGAUGUUUUACAAGACAUAGUAGUUCGGGCUUCACAGGAGAGAAAUGAAAAUGAUUUUUCAGUAAAUAUUUUAGGUAUCAUAUUAGAACUUUGGGAUCAAUUGUUGAAUUCAUCUUCUGUUCAAAAUUUAGGCAUCAAUCUUUGAAUUCAUGUUCUGAUCAAAGUUAGGCAUCAAUUGUUGAAUUCAUCUUUUAAUCAAAACUUCGGCAUCAAUCGUCGAAUUCAUCUUUUUGAUCAUAACUUGGGGACCAAUCGUUGAAUUCAUCUUGUGAUAAAUAACUCCUUUUCAUUUCGAUAAAAGCAUAGCUGAAAUAAAUACUUUCAUCUCGUGUACUGAAUCGAUUUUAUCAAUACUGUUAAUUUACUUUGGUCAUCAAAUUUAUAUGAUGAUUAUUACCUAUAUGAUAAUGGUUUCGUAUUAUAGACUGGUGUAGAAAUAAAAUGGGAACGGCAAUAGGCAAUGGUUUAUUUUACUCACUUUUCUUAGUUAGCUAAAAUCGAAGGUCCAGCCAUGUUCCUUGGGCUGGAAUAAAAUUUUGGCCAAAAUUGUGCAUGUCAUUGACUCUAAUUUAAUUAUUUAUAUAGUGAUUAGUGCAUUUAAUUACGAAGUUAUUUAUAGCUCCUGCUAAGACUAAACGUUCAUAUUUGUAAUAUAUAUAAAAGUGGCUUAAUAAAUUCCGAUAAUUUUU